GAGCGCGUGCGCCGCGGCCGUGCUCGCGGCGCUGGCCCUCGCAGCGCUGGCGCGGCGCAGCGGCAGCGCGCCCAGCGGCGCCCAGGCCGAGGCGGCCGCGAGGGGCCGCGGCGCGGGGCGGCUGAGGGCGCCGCCGCUGCUGCAGGGGAAGCAGCUGGUGGGCUGUGGCGCCCCGGAGGACAGCGUGGAGUACGUCACCGCCGAAGGCGGUGAGGAGCUGUACCACAUGGAGAGCGUGAUGAGCCCCGAGGAGUGUCACACCAAGUGCGAGGACGAGCCGAGGUGUUCCAUGUGGACGUGGGGCAAGACCAAGGACGUCGCGGUCGCUGGGAUGAGCGACGUCUGCUUCCUGAAGGAGCUGACAGAUCUCGAGACCCUUCGGAGGCAGUUCAACGACCUUGCCGUGUCUGGCCUGUCGUGCCAGGUCACGGCAGACAGCGGGGGCGGCGUAGACGCCACCGAGCCGCAGAAGCAGCAGCAUGGGCGGGCGGAGCACAGCCACCCCGACGUUGUCGAGGCGGCCUGCCACGAGAUGGAGGACAACGUUGAGCUUCGCACGUCCAGGAACGUCGACCAGGUAGGCCGGGUGGCCGACGCGGUCACGUGCCGCGGGCUGUGCGAGAAGGACCGCGAGUGCAGCCUGUGGACCUGGGGAAAGGCCACCGGCGUGGAGGGCCUUAGCUCGGUGUGCUUCAUGUGGGCGUUGGUAGAUGGCGAGUGGCCCGAGCAGCACCUGAACCUCGCGGCCGUGUCGGGGGCAAAGUGCGGACACCAUCCAGGCCUGGCUGCCCAUCUGCAGCGCGUCUCCUCCACAGCCACGAGGACGCUGACCUCCAGCUGGACAAUGACCGAGACUUCCACGCAGACCACGUCUGCCACGACGACGGCAAAGCCGACGUCGACGCAGACGUCGUUCGUUUCGACCACGAGGACCGAGUCAGACACCUCAGCGACCACCUCGGUGACCACCUCGACGACCACGUCGACAACCACCUCAACGGUGGCGGCCUCAACGACCACCUCAACGACCACGUCGACAACCCCCUCAACGGUGGCGGCCCCAACGACCAUCUCAACAACCACCUCAACAACUUCGACCUCACGGCGCGCGAUUACCGCUGUGCCGACGAUGACGGUCACGACAGAGGGACCCGUCGUUGCCACCACCACCCUGAAGCUUUGCGAUCCGCCUGAGGACAACGUGGACUUCCGGACCCACAGGAACUUGAGCGAGCUGGGCUUCGUGGAGAGUGCAAGUGCGUGCGGCGCCCUGUGCAGGACAGCGCCCGCGUGCGGCGUGUGGACGUGGGGGAAGGCCCGCGCGCGCGAGGGUCUCAGCGACGUGUGCUUUCUGAAGAGGCUGGCCAAGGGCCGCUUUCCACAGAAGCACGCCCGGGACGGCGUGAUCUCCGGCUACGCUUGCCGCUCGGACGUGUGGUCCGACGGCAGCCUGAGUGUGGCUGGUUCAGCAGCUCUCGGCGGUGCGGGCGUGGGGGCAGCCGAGGACGAGGCGGGCAGGUCGGAGACGCCCAGAGACGUGGACUUCGCGGCGGCGCCCGCCGCAGUCGCCACCGCGGAGUCUGGCAGCCCAAGCGCCACGGCGGCCGGCAGCGUGUCGUCGCCGGGCGGCGCAACCUCCGCGGGAGCACGCGCGGCAUCGCCCAGCGGCGCGGGAGCCACGACAGCGCCCAGCGGCGGAGCAGGUCGGCAGGCUAUCCAGGCUGGCAGCGCAUCGCACAAAGGUUUCGCGCACCUUGCAGCCGCCAGUGCAGGGCAGGUCCAUGCUGGCCAGAGCACGGUGUACUGCUUCCAGCUAAUGCAGCCCACUGGCUACGAGCCGGAGUUGGUGGCCCACCAGUUCGAGAAUCACGUGGGCAUCUUUACCUGCGACCGGUGGACGCUGUUCAGUAGCAAGGCAAUAGAGGUGUCAUCGGGCUUGCGCGCCACGCCGAUCAAGAGCGACCUCAAAUGCGAGAACGGCGGGGAGUUCGAGACGGCCCUCAACACGGAGAUCUUUAUGGCCGUGUGGGCCGAGGUUAUCCACGUUGGCGAGUUCGAGCGUGCGAGAUGGACUGUCAAGGUUGAUGCCGACUGCGUUUUCUUCCCGGAGCGGCUGCUGCCAAAACUGCAGGGCCUCACAGACGAGCCGAACGGGGUGUACCUGAACAAUUGUGCGCUCGGGAUGCACGGGCCUCUGGAGGUCUUCUCUCUGAACGCCGUGCUCGCGUGGACUGGCGGAGCAGAGCGGUGCACCCGGCACUUCCAGAAGUUGUGCAACGGACCGUGCCUGUGGGGCGAGGACAUGUUCAUCGACCAGUGCCUGUGGAAGGUCCUCGGGGUGAGGCGAGUCGACGACUGGAGCCUUCUCCUUGAAGCCCACUGCGCGCCGAGGCACGGCUGGACGAGCUGUCACGACCCGAAGUUCGCCGGAUUCCACCCGUUCAAGUCACCAGCGGAUUGGUGGCGGUGCUACCAGAAUUCCAUGCAGGUGUCCAACGCCUCAGCGUUGUGA